AUGGAUCUCAGCGCCCUCUGCGAGAGCCUCCUGUCGCUGAGCUCUGGCCAGCCAUCCAACCAAGGAGAUACUGAGUCCAGCCUGGGCUGGGCCUCUGGACUCUGGAACCUCAGCUCAUCAGACUCCAGUCCCGCCGGGAUCGCUGCCCGCCCGCCUGGCCGUUCCACCAGCCUGGUAGAGGGUCGAAGCAGUGGGUGGGUGCCCCCACCCCCAGGCUUCGCACCCCUGGCUCCCCGCCCAGGCACUGAGCUGUCUCCCUCACCUACUUCCAACCGAUACAAGACUGAGCUGUGUCGAACCUUCUCGGAGAGUGGGCGCUGCCGCUACGGGGCUAAGUGCCAGUUUGCCCACGGCCUGGGCGAGUUGCGCCAAGCCAGCCGCCACCCCAAGUACAAGACGGAACUCUGCCACAAGUUCUACCUCCAGGGCCGCUGCCCCUACGGCUCCCGCUGCCACUUCAUCCACAGCGAAGACCUGGACUCGCCCGGCCACCCUCCUGUGCUGCGACAGAGCAUCAGCUUCUCGGGCCUGCCCUCCGGCCGGAGAUCCUCCCCACCACCAGCUGGCCUGGCAGGCCCUUCCCUGUCCUCCUGCUCCUUCUCGCCCUCCAGCUCCCCGCCUCCACCCCCCGGAGACCUUCCCCUUUCCCCCUCUGCCUUCUCUGCUGCCCCCGGGACUCCAGUGGCCCUAAGGGAUCCCACCCCAACCUGUUGUCCCUCCUGCCGAAGGGCCACCCCUAGCAGCCUUUGGGGACCUGUGGGUGGCCUGGUGCGGAGCCCCUCUGCACAUUCUCUGGGAUCUGAUCCUGAGGAUUAUGCCAGCAGCGGCAGCAGCCUGGGAGGGUCUGACUCACCUGUCUUCGAGGCUGGGGUUUUUGGGCCACCCCAACCGAUAGCCCCUCGGCGACUCCCCAUCUUCAAUCGAAUCUCAGUGUCUGAGUGA